AUGGUGCUCUCGCUAUCUGUCCCUAGCUUCUCUAGAUCGUCGACCACCUCCCCCCCGCAUCCUGCCGGCGACAACCACCAAUCCGCCACCAUCACCGAAGCCUUGCGCAAUAAUCCGUUCGGAAUACCCUUACGAUCUCGUCCCACUGCCGCCGUGGCAGCCUCCUCCGACAAGACGCAAGACCAAAAGGAGCUCAACGAGGCCCUGGAAAUCCUGGCCCAGAUAUUCCCCGACGUGAAAAUCGAAGUGUUUCGAGAACUCCUGGUGCGGUUCGACGGACUCAGUCGACUGCAGGUGUGCGUGGACCAACUGCUGCGACAUAAAGAGGAGUGGGUGGCUGGACGAUGGAAUGUGCCGACGGGGUCUGCGGGGAGCGGGGACGAUGCCGUCGUUCCUUCCCCCGUGGAUGGCGAGCAGUUGGUGGUUCCUCGUAACGAGCAGUUUCGAACCGAUGAAUACAAAGCUUCGGUGAAACUUGCUCUAUCCAAGGAAUUCAGCAGCCUGAGCAGGAGCGCCGUGGAUGCGGUACUGGCGGAAGUGAACUUCUGUUACAUUCGAGCUCGUCCAAUUUUGCGUGGCCUUGCGAGCAAGACGUGGCGAGCGACUUUCAACAACAUUCUUCCUUUCAGAAGUAAGAAAGACAAACAAGAGCACCCUCUCGUUCUCUGGAAGCGCCAGCCGGACGGUGAGCUGGGCCCUAUUCUUAAAGACACCGGGUGCGGGGAGUUGAAUCGAGAAUUGCACGAGGCUUUGCUGGCGCCGAUGCUCCGGAUGCGACGCGAGGAACGGGAAGCCAGAGACUUGUCCCUGGCGGAGGAGUUGAAUGAAGUCGAGGCCACGGCGGCUAAUGCGAUCUACGAGUGCGAAUGUUGUUUGAUGGAUGUUACUUUCGAACGUAUUUCGACCUGUUCGGACAACUCCCAUGUCAUCUGCUAUGGUUGCAUCCGGCGAACGUUACAGGAGGCGGUAUUCGGUCAGGGAUGGAGCAAGUCUGUGGACGUCGAAAAGGCGACCCUGAAAUGCCUCGCACCGUUUAGCCACGAGGCCUGUCAUGGGAACUUGAACGCUGAGAUUGUCAAACGAGCCGUCCUUCUGGAUAAGGCGGGGGCCGAGACUUACCUCAAAUUUGAAGGCCGACUUGCCUCGGAAGCCCUCCUCAAGUCCCAGUUGAAAUUGAUCCGCUGCCCCUAUUGCUCGUAUGCAGAAGUUGACUCCGCCUAUCAUACUUCCCCCGAAGGAAUCAAAUGGCGAUUUCGCCGUCAGAAAGUCGGUGAUACGAUUAUCUUGAUGUUCAUUCUACUAGAUCUGAUACCCGUGUUCCUGAUUCCGGUGAUCGUUCUCUUCUUGAUCGACCCUUCUCUUCUCUCCAUGAUCUUACGAAACGCUGUGCUCAGCCUGUCUUUGAAAGCUCGCCGAAAGACGUUCAACUGCUCAAACCCGGCCUGUCGACGGAUCAGUUGUAUCGACUGUCAGAAACCGUGGCGCGAUCCGCAUGUUUGCCACGAGCCAUUAUUACUCGACUUACGCGCCACCGUGGAAGCCGCUCGAACGGCCGCGGUGAAGCGCACCUGUCCUCGCUGUGGGAUGUCAUUCGUCAAGUCUUCAGGUUGUAACAAGCUGACUUGCGUGUGUGGCUAUUCGAUGUGUUAUCUCUGCCGCAAGGGCCUGAAUCCUCCUUUGAAUUCGGUGUUUCGAUGGGGCCGUGCUGGGCGGCGUCAGCAAGGAGGGAUACCAAAUCAAGAAAAUAUCUUUCCUAUGGGGAGGGGAGCACCGAGGCUUGAAGCACAGAAUGAAGAACUGGAUCCGGAUGAAGAAGAUGCCGAAGGAGAAGGGUACAGUCAUUUCUGCGAACAUUUCCGGCUAACACCGGGAUCUCGGUGUUCGGAAUGCACUAAAUGCGAGCUUUACCAAGACGUGGAUGAAGAAGACGUGGCACGCCGUGCUGGCGAGAAAGCAGAACGUGAAUGGAAUAUGCGUCAAGACACCUCAGGGGUCGGUGUCGGUGCAUUACAUGUCAACGACGACUUCGCAAUGACAGAAAGCAAAGGCCGAAUUCUAAAAUUGCAGGGGAAAGGCUGCAAUUACUGGCUGAAUGAAGUGUGGUAUGAAGGGCGGUGGAAGAUAGAAGGACAGGCUUUUGUCAACUGGCUCGUUGAGCAAACGAUUGUCAUCGAGGACAUUUGA